UCAAGAUAUUCGCACACUGCAAACGCUACUGUGUUGCCGUCCUCAGCCGAGCAUGCGUCAACCUGCAGAUGGGGGUUGGGGGAUUAUGGCAUCGUUGCUUGUUGAAUAUCUUGGUCGACUCAGUGUUCGGAACCUUGAGACAUUGUAUCGAAAUGACUUUGAUUAACAGUCUGAUGUCUGGCUGAUGUUGGUGCUGUGUCAGAAAGGGAAGCUAUUUGCCUGUUGUUAUAGCGUUAGCCUAUUGAGAUUGGCUCCUGGACGACUCCGUUGCUCCGUUUUGCUUGGACUAUUACAUAACGAUCAUCUCCAAUGCUGUAGAUCCCCAAGGCGUUACGCACAGCAGUUAUUUUGGCAACUACUGACCGGUGGGCUAACUGUCAUCUGAAGUAGGACCAUAUUAUACAAAAAUGCCUUUCCAUCGGACCUACUUAAGUAUUUUCUAUGCCCUCUUCGGCAUGUCGGUAGGCUUUUCAGCGUUCGUGGCGUGGAAUGUUUUGUACAGCCAGCCUUGGACAGCGGCGAUGGGCGGCUUAUCGGGUGUCCUGGCGUUGUGGUGCCUGGUCACCCAUGUGAUGUACAUCCAGGACUACUGGCGCACCUGGCUCAAGGGCCUCAAGUUCUUCAUGUUCUGCAGCGCCUUCUUCUUCCUCAUGGCCCUCGUGGCCUUCUCCGUCUUCCUCACCCUCGCCAUCACACUCAAGAACGUUCCAACGGACCCCGGUAGCUUCUACCUGACCAGCGUGUGGAGCUUCCUGACCCUCAAGUGGGCCUUCCUCCUCGGCCUCUAUUCCCACCGCUACAGACAGGAGUUCGCCGACAUCAGCAUCCUCAGUGACUUCUGAUUGGGUGGCUCCUGGAAGAGACGAUGAAAACCCUGACAGCUGAUUGGUCGUCAGCCAGGUCAAUCAGAGUUUAUUGUGAGGAUGGCCACUGAAGAAGAUGGCUACACACACAGAACUGAAGUGAACUGGACUUGGAUGUUGUUGGAGUUGGAUUGUUUUGCACCCUGCACUUAGCACACACCUAUGAUGAUCUUCCCCAGUCCUACUCGCCCCGAGUCCUGAGGACCAAACCCAGUGUGUUUGUCCUCAAAAAGCCACCCUACCUGUCAACGUACAGUGGGCCUCCUGAAAUUUCAGGCUCAGAGAGAGAGAGAGAAGGUUGUUGUAAGUGCACGGAACGCCACACUCAGAUGUGAGGAAAAGUGUGGAGAUGUUGCUAAUUCUCUGGCCAAUAAAGAGUCACACGCUAAUUCACACCACAGAACAUGAACAAAACAGGCGAUAUGUAAGAUGUCUGAAUAUUCUCACUCCUUCUGUUCAUGUUAGUUGACAGAGUUUACUUGAAAGCAACUGGACUCUUUAGACUAGUGAUGUGAUAGAAGCGAAUGGAAAACGUUGGUGAUUUAAAAGGUCAGUUUAGGCAUUAGACAUACCAAACAGAUGCAAGAUCAGUGCACUAGUUGCAUACCCCUGCCCAAUGAGAUUGAUUUGAUCAUUUUGUUUUAGUUUUUUGUGUGUGUUUGGCUGUCACUACUGGUGGUGUCACCAAAUCUUGUGGAUCCACAGAUGGAAAUCUAAGAGACUUUGAGAACUGUCUCACAGAAACACAAAGGAAGGACACUUUUGGUGUACUAAAAAUAUACAAUUUUGGGUAUUUCAUUGAGUUUUAUCUUGUAUGGCAUUGACAUUCAUGAUAGCUGUCUGUGAUGGUUACAGGGUACUAUUCAGUCAAGCCAGUGCCAUAGUGUACAGUAUAUUGUAAUUAUUAUAGAAACAUUAUUAUCAGUCCCCCUAAGUCACAACAAGCAUUUUGCACUUGAAAAAUCUAUACAUUACCAAUAGUAUUUGCUAUAUUGCUGCUUAGAAUAAUUUUAAUUUCAUCUGCUUCUGUUUUAGAAACCAGAGUUGUUUGGUUGGUAGUACCUUGUCUUGGGCUGCCAGAUGUAGCCAAUGGUGUCCAGCCUGUGUAUGGCUAUGACAUCUAAAGUAAUUAGCCUUUUUACAUGUGUCAUAAAGUUUUGAACUAGGUGCAGUAUAUCUAUGCCUGCCAGUUUCAGGCAAAAACACAGCAUAGCAGAAAACAGGUAGUCAUAUGUUUGUCUAUGUCACAGUAUACAUCUUAUACAUGCAUCAAAUGCAUUAAUUCAAAGAUUUCUCAUAGGCCAAGGCCCAUACCUGCCCAAGAUGAGUUUUUUUUCCUUUAAAUCCGCAAUCAUGCAUCUGGCAACCCUGCCACAGAGAGCUGGUUAGCUGAGGCUUUCCAUGGUCUGUCAUGUCAGUCAGUAGUAUGCACUUAGACAUGCAGUAUUUAGCAAUGUCAAUACUAUAGAGGCAAUAGCCCCAUCUAGAGGAUAAGUCAGACUAUGUAACUCUCUUGUAUGCCAUUUUGCAAUUAGCACUUGACAACCACCUACCCUGAGAACAAUGUUCGUGUGAGUGCACUGGAAAGUGUGUGUGUGUGUGUGUGUGUGUGUGUGUGUGUGUGUGUGUGUGUGUGUGUGUGUGUGUGUGUGUGUGUGUGUGUGUGUGUGUGUGUGUGUGUGUGUGUGUGUGUGUGUGUGGGUGUGUGCGUGUGUGCGUGUGUGUGUGUUCUUGUGCGCGUGUGUGUGUUGUGUAUGCAACAGGAACAAUUUAGAAAUGUGCAGAAUUUUACCUGACUUAUAUCCUGCUUUGCAUGUAAAUGCAAAACUUACAAGAUUAUUUUCUUGACAGCUGGCUUGGACAUUCAACAAUAAUAUCUAUUGUUACGUUUGCUCUUUACAUUAAGACAUGUUUUUUUAUCUCACAUUGUAUGUACAGUAUGUGUGUGUACAAAGUAAUUUGUGUAACAGGUCAAAUGUUCCAAGGCCAGAUGACAAGACAAGCUUUACAAAUAAUGACUGCGUAUUUCUUUAUGAAGUGUGACAGCCAAUAAAAAAUAAUAGUAUCACUGCUAUAGUACAUGACUGUAUUCAUCACAGCUUUAGAGUUCAGUUCAGAUUUCGUAUUCGUAUACGUUAUUUUAGAGUAUAUGUGUAUUUAUUUAUCAGUUCUGCAAUAUCUAGUCUAUCUGAACAGGGUCAAUCAAUCUUGUCUUCUCCAUCUAUUCUCUGAAAGCAAAUUGCUGACAAAUGAAGAUGUGCAGUUAUAGUCGACAUAAAGAGUGUGCACGAGGAUGUGUGUGUGUGAAUGAUAGAAGGCAUUAAAGGCUUUUCUUUCAUAUCUACGUACAGAAGUGUCCCUCAAUUGUUUUCAAAUAUAACGUAAGUCACUGAUUCUUGAGAA